UUGAUGAUUUCAUUUCACAAUUCUUUUGGAAUAAAUGUGGUUACUAACGAGAACAAUGAGUAAAAUGUCAGUUGUACUAAAUAUAAGUGAUGUGUUUUAGAAAAAUAUUAACACUUUUGUCAGCUCAAUUACACCUGUGCAUCAUUCUGCUACAGCAGAGCAAAAAAAUAAGAGUCUAACAGAUGUACGCUAAGUACACAAAUGGGGUGAACCAAGGAAAUACCAUAAAUCUUUUCUAUUUGAACAUUUUGUGAAUGUGCUGCAGACGGGCAGAUGAGAAUAUGUCCAGGUGUUCUUUGAAGGUGAUUAAAGUGAACAGUAAAAAGUUGAAGGGACAGUACUAAAAUGCACGAAGAUAACAUACAUGUGACUGGGAUUAAUGGGAACAGCAAGACUGCCAUGUACUAGAAACAGAGGAGAUGAAUAUUAACAAUUUCUCCAAGUGAGAAAACUGGUUGCAAGGAAUCUGUAAAUAUCUUCGUAUACAGGAAGUAAAAUUUUAUUCAGUUAUCUGAAGUAAAAUCUUCACUGCUCUGCUAAAAGAGAAUGAGAGACAUGAUGAGUUGAAAGAGUAUAGCCAGUUAGUUAUGAGCAGCAUCUCAGGUCAUCAUGAAAUGGUGAAAUACUGAGUGCUAGAAGAAGAUAAUCAGUUUUAUGCAAUUUAAAAUUAAGAUGAAAUGCUACUCUCCCACUUUCGCUGUACAGGCUGGGUUUUAGAAUGUCGAGAAAGUAUUUGACAUUUACAAGAGACUGCAGGCACUAACACAAAUCAUUUUUAUCCAUUCAUCCAUUUUAACCACCAUGCUGAGUGAAUAGUUGGCUCUGUGCAAUUAGUCUCUGUGCUUCUUGACAAUAUAACCACAGAUUAUCAUUAAUUCUUUUAAUAAUGCAAGGUGGAAGCUCCGUUCUCCAAGUCUGUUAUUUUACUUCUAGAAAAACAUCUAAUUUCUUACAAACCUAAAAUAGGCCAGCUGACAAGUAUCCCAAAAGAACAGAAUACACUCGGAAUAGUGAUAUUUGAGCUGACGUAUUUUUGGUAAAAAAGUUAUACAGGCUGUAUUUGUCUGAAAGUUUAAAAAUAGGAGCCUUUGUCAUAUAUGGCAGGAGAGGCUCCGUUGAGUCAUGAUUGAUGUCACUUGAAAGAACACUUUAAACUUAGAAAAUGACAUCAGAAUCAUUAGAAUUUAGUGAGAUUUAGAGCGAUCCCUAAAGCCAGGGUGCUGAGGAUUCUGGAAGAUGCUUUGUGGAUGAUACACAGCGUGCUGCCAGACAUCAUCUGAGUGGAAGCCAGAAGCUAUGGUCUACAUCUUUGAUACUAGUUGAGACCAUGGGAGUGGCAUUGUCAAAAGCAGCUCAGUGGACCAUUGCUGACUGUGGAACUGAAACACUGGAAAUCACUCCUUUGAACGAAAGUCUGUUAAAACAAAUUGUUAAGUUUGCAGUCAACUUCAGCACUAGGCAUCCUCAGGAAGCGGCGUUUGUCUUCAGAGAGCCUCUUGAGUGGGAAACGCAAUUGGACUAUUCAGUAUUUGGAGGGGGAGAGAGUUAUGAGUUCAGUGAAACAACUGUUCAGUCCGAAGACAAAGGUGAAGAUGGCCAACUGUUGCAUUCUAUAACAACAUCAACUGUCAGAGUUCACAAUUUUGACCAGCUGUCCCGUUUCCUACAAAAUGCUAUGGAAAAAAAGUUAAUGGAAGCACAGACAUGCCUUGAAGCUAACAGAGAACCUAUAGUGAAAAUUCUUGGUCCUGAAUAUGGGACUGUUGAAGGACAAGAAAUGUCCCUGUUGCAUUUACUUGACAAACUGGAAAAUGAUAGUAACCCUGAAAGAGUGAUGAAAAUGAAAAUCUUUCUUCUUCUUCGCCAGCUGGAUUUGCAACUGCUUCGUAGUUCUUUGAAACACAUUUCAGAACACAUAAGACUAAACCCAGAUGCUAUAAAUAAUGAAGUGAAUCUUCUGAAGAAAAUCUCUGGGAACGAAGAAGAUACAGUGAUGGAAUCACUGGAAUAUACAUCAGAUUACAUUUUCUCUAAUGGAUGCCGAGCUCCUCCCUGGAGACAAGUGCAUGGAGAAAUUUGUUAUUUAGUCAUCAAACCACAUGACACUGAUCCUUUGUGUAUCACUUGCAGCGCGGAAGGAGUGUUUUUAAAUGGAGGUCAACUAAAGGGUAAAAAUGACAUUGACUAUGAAAGAAAAAGCAAUGUAUAUAAAGAUAUUGUCACAUUUUUAAGGGAGAGAUCACCUAGAUUUGUAGAAACUAUGGCUAAACAGAAAUAUAAUAUUUUUAAAAAAACAACAUCUGAGAAGACUUAUAAGCGUAUGGAAGUAGCUGAUGCUAAGGUCUCUGGCCAAUCCAAGAACCUCUAUGAUUUUACAGAAAAGACUGUAUGUGAGAAAAUGAAAAGUUCUGCAGCAAGAAGGAGAUCCAUUGACAAGAAGAAAUUAGAACCAACUAUACAGUGGAAGAACUCUAGGCUUUUUGCUUCCCACAGAUCCAAAUAUUUUAGUGACAAGGCUGCAAAAAAAGAUAUUGAAGAAGAAGGAAGAAGUAGUGCUGAGUCUCCGGAACUCACAAAGAGAGACAGUGGCAUUUCUUCUGAAUCUGUUAAAAUGCAACCAGCUUCAAAAUGUAAAACAUCAGUCAGGUUUGAAGAACUUAGUGAAAGUUCCUCAGAGACUGAGGAAGAUGAAGAACAGCCUGUAUGCCGUCAUGAAAGAAACACUGAUUUGCCAUCAGAAUACUGGGGAAUUCAGAAACUUGCAAGAUAUUUAAAGGGAGGUAAUCCAACAGCUACUGUAAUAGCAUUGUGUUUUAUGAGACAUUUCAAUCUGGCUCAAGAACCUUGUAAGCUGGCCAUUAGAGACAGUGGAUGUCUUGAAGUGUUAAUUAAUUUACUUGAUACAGAAGAAAUUAAAUGUCAGAUUGGUUCAUUAAAAAUCUUGAAAGAAAUUAGUCAAAAUACACUGACCAGACAUGCAAUUGCAGAUCUUGGGGGCUUAGAGAUCAUGGUGAAAAUCCUUGACUCUCCAGAUAAAGAUCUAAAAUGUUUGGCAGCUGAAACAAUUGCUAAUGUUGCUCUGUUUAAACAAGCACGAAGGAUAGUAAGGCAGCAUGGAGGAAUCAAGAAAUUGGUUGGCCUGUUGGAAUGUAGUUCAGUGAGAUCAACCAGUCUAACACCGUAUCAAGCGACAGAUACUGAAAUAGCACGCUGUGGAGCUUUGGCACUCUGGAGCUGCAGCAAAGACAUCAAAAAUAAAGAAGAAAUCCGUAAAGCUGGUGGCAUUCCAUUAUUAGCUAGAUGGCUCAAAUGUUCACAUGCAAAUAUCCUAACCCCAGUAGUGGGGACACUACAAGAAUGUGCAUCAGAGCCAAGUUACAGACUUGCAAUAAGGACAGAAGGAAUGAUUGAGAACCUUGUAAAAAAUUUGAGUGGUGAAAAUGAGGAGCUUCAGAUGCUUUGUGCAAGUGCAAUAUUUAAGUGUGCAGAAGAUAAGGAAACACGUGACCUGGUUAGACAGCAUGGAGGUCUACAACCACUAUCUAUUUUGCUUGGUAACUCUGAAAACAAACAACUUUUAGCAGCUGUGACAGGAGCCAUCUGGAAAUGUGCAAUCAGUGGAGAAAAUGUGUCAAAAUUUCGGGAAUACAAAACCAUAGAAACUUUGGUGGGACUGCUCACUGACCAGUCUGAAGAAGUACUUGUAAAUGUCAUCGGAGCACUGGCAGAAUGUUGCCAAGAGCCAGUAAAUCGAGCUACUAUCCGUAAAUGUGAUGGAAUACCACCUCUAGUGAAUUUACUUACUGGAACUAAUCAGGCACUACUUGUGAAUGUCACCAAAGCAGUAGGAGCUUGUGCAAUAGAACCUGAAAAUAUGAUGAUAAUUGACCGUUUAGAUGGAGUUCGUUUGUUAUGGUCAUUGUUGAAAAAUCCUAAUCCAGAUGUUCAAGCAAGUGCAGCUUGGGCUAUUUGUCCUUGCAUUGAAAAUGCUAAGGAUGCUGGGGAAAUGGUUCGAUCCUUUGUUGGUGGCUUGGAACUGGUAGUCAAUUUGCUAAAAUCAAAGAAUAAGGAAGUUUUAACAAGUGUAUGUGCAGCCAUUACAGGUAUAGCUAAAGAUGAAGAAAAUUUGGCUGUUAUAACAGAACAUGGAGUCGUCCCUCUGUUGUCCAAACUAACAAACACGAACAAUGACAAAUUAAGACGUCACUUAGCAGAGGCCAUUUCCCAGUGUUGCACAUGGGGGAGGAAUAGAGUUACCUUUGGAGAGACCAAGGCUAUAGCUUCUUUAGUACGUUACUUGAAGUCAAAUGAUCCAUCAGUUCAUAGAGCUACGGCUCAGGCUUUAUAUCAGCUGUCAGAGGAUCCCAACAACUGUAUAACCAUGCAUGAGAAUGGAGCGGUGAAGCUCCUACUGGCUAUGGUAGGCUCUACAGAUGAAACUCUGCAGGAGGCAGCAGCUGGUUGCAUAGCAAACAUUCGGAGAUUGGCUCUAGCGAUAGAAAAAGCUAAGUACGGCUGAUGCUUUAGCAGCUUUUACCAACACACUUGUUUUGCAAUGGCACUGCAUUUAAGUACAUUAUUACUCCUUCUAGCAUCUGCAUUUCAUACCAGAGCUCAUUAUAUGAGGGUAACUUAAUAACAGAAAUAAAUCUGUGGAAAAUUGUUUGGUUUUACAUUACUGCUUCGUCGCAUCCAGUUUUUGUGAAACACUCACAUCUAGUUUUGUCUGUCCUUUAGCAUCACAUCUUCCAAAAGGCUAUUGGUUAAGAUGUCAAAGCCUUUUUCUAGAAUUAAUACACUUGCAUUUGAAAUUCAUUGUAGAUACAAAUGAGUUUGCAUAUCUGUGACAUUACAAUAAGUUUUCCUUCACUGUGUGUGGUAGUGCAGUGAUUUAUGAAUGUCUUGAACAAUUCCCUUCAUGCUAAACUUGUCCAAUCAUACUGUCAUUAUGUUUUUGCCUGUUUGAUCACUUGCAAUUCACAGGAGAAGACAAAAAUAGAGAUACAUCAAUCUCACAUCUGGUGUUAUAUAAGGACUGCAAACAGCUGUAGCAGUAGACAUCUCACUCUAAAUUUCCUGUUUCUACCAACAUCAAACAAAAUAGUGCUUAAUUUUAUAAGUAGCUGGUGAAAUGUGUUUUAAUUGUCAUGUGUGUAACUCAAGUUUAGUUUUACCAUCUGUAAAUGAAAAGUGGAGAAUUACAUUUACAUACACACAUUAUCUUAUUUUGUUUUUCUGUUUUUAAAUUGAAGGCAACAUUGUAUUGAUGUAGUUACUUCAUUUUUCUGGAUAAAAUUAUAUUCAGAAUUAGAGUUGCUUUCAGUAAUCGGAUAAACAAUGACCGAUAAGACAAGAGGAAAUGGCCUCAAGUUGCAUAGGUGAGGUUCAGAUUACACAUCAGGAAAAAUUUCUUCACCAAAAGGGUUAUCGGGCACUGGCAGAGACUGCCCAAGGAAGUGAUUGAGUCGCUAUCCCUGCAGGUAUUUAAAAGAUGUGUAGAUGAAGGCUCAGGGAUGUGGUUUAGUACUGGACAGGUAUGGCAGGACUCGAUGAUCUCUAAGGUCUUUUCCAACCAAGUGAUUCUAUGAUUCUAUGAUGUUAUAGAUUGCAGACCCACUGUAUAAAACUAAAGCAUUUCCUUGAGAGCAGUAAUGUCUUAAUUACAAGCACAGACUGCUGACAAAAUUGAAAAAAAACCCAAAUGUUUAAAUAACUUGUGUUUGUCAAGUAUUCACUUCUGAAUUAUUUUUUUACUUAGUAAUUAAUAAUUUUCUUGGUUUGGAAGCAGUUUGCAAGUUAAUUGUUUUUCUUCUAGCUAGCAUGGCUACUCAAAGCAACUAAUUUUACUGCUAACAGAAGCUUCUAAUACAAUCCAACUUUUUAUUUGUGUUUUCUCUGGAGAACCUCCAGAGAAGGUUCAUUUAAAAUUUCAAUUUAGAAUAAAGCAGUUCUAAAAAAGGAAGAUUGCAUUUAGCCCUUAGGGAAGGUGUGGAGAGUAUUUUAAAGGAAACAAGCUGCGCACAGGUGCUGACAGUGAGGAGGUCAAAAUAUUAAUCCAGGUAGUAUUUUUUGAUCAAUGUAAAAACCAACAUGGUCGUAAGGUUGUCACAAGUUCCAUCAGCAACCAGUGACGAAGUAAAUACUAUCUUAGGUAUUUUCCAGCCAUAGACCUAGUAUGUUUUUGUGAAUAAAUAUAUACUUAUACACAUGUCACAGUUGUUAUAGUAUGAUGUGCUUCAUAGCUAUACUCAAAAUUACUUCUGAAAUAAAUGCUAAUUGCCAAAUUCAUUUGGAAGAGGAGAGACUUGAUUUUAUUUUUGUCUUUUCUGUGAGAGAAGCUAUGGAUACAAGUAGUUUAUCACAGUUUUACUUACCUAAAACGCUAUUGAGGGGAAAUUAAGGGAAAAAAACUCCCUGACAAUAACUGUUGUCCUUAACAUGAGCUCCCAAGGCGUUGACUAUUCAGUAUGGAUUUCAAAUGGAAUAAGUUCUGAAGUGAACUUAACUUCAUGAUACAGGUGUCAGGACAAUAAAUAUCAUGUUCCUGACAAUGAAAUGGCCUCACCUUGCCACUCUCACUCACGCUGGUACCCCUUAUGCCUCUGGGUGGUUGAUCUGAAGUCUUUACAUUGAGAGCUCGGACUUCAGUUGAUUUAUUUGUGCUAUUUUCUUUAUCAUGCCUGCAGUUUUUAAGUUCUGUACA